AUGAGCCCUCUCAAAAUCAACUUGCUCCCUUCUCCUGCAGCGCUCCCCUCGUAUGGAAUCUCAGAAAAUGGCUUCUUGCCAGCAGAGCAGCCGUUGACCAAAUUACCGCACGCGUACUACCAGUCAUGGGAGGAGCUGAUAGAAGAGCUACCACAACUUCUCAAAGCCGGCCAAUGGCGACAACGAGUGGACGAGCUGCCCGUCCUCGAUACUUCGCAUCUAGAGAGCGAACGAGAAUGGCAAAGAGCGUAUUCCAUGCUUGCGGUCACGGCACAAGCAUAUAUCUGGCAAGGUCCAGAGCCAUCAGAGCGAUUGCCCCCCUCAAUCUCUGUAUCGUUUCUCGCGACCGCAGACCAUCUCGAAGUCCAUCCCGUAGCGACAUACGCAGCAUUGAACCUUUGGAAUUACCGGGCACUCCACGACCAGGCUGCCAUCUGCCAACCGGACGAUCUCGUGGCCCUGCACACACAGACCGGCACCGAGGACGAGUCCUGGUUCUUCAUAAUAUCAAACGCCAUGGAGGCAAGGGCCGGUCCCAUAAUCAAGCGGAUGUUGCUUGCCAUGGAGGCAGUGGAGCACGAUGAUGUCCCGACAAUCAUCGAUGCCCUCGAGUACUUCACAGAGAGCAUCGUCGACAUCGGAAAGCUCCUCGAAAGAAUGGACGAGCGGUGCCGGCCUCAAUUUUUCUACCAUCACAUUCGACCAAAUCUCGCUGGUAGUAUGAACAUGGAAGCUGCCGGUCUGCCAAACGGAGUGUUUUACGACGAAGGCAAUGGAAAGGGAUCCUGGCGUAAAUACCGUGGAGGCAGCAAUGGUCAGAGCUCAUUACUUCAAUGCUUCGACGCAGUUCUUGGUGUCAAGCACGAGCGAUGCAAUGGCUUCCACGCAGAGAUGCGAAGGUAUAUGCCAGGCCCACAUGCAAGAUUCUUGGACGAUAUCGAGGCGAUUGCGAACAUCCGCAGCUACGUCGACAGCCACCAAGACAACGCUCCACUCUUAAAAGCGUACAACGACGCGGUCGCCAGCCUGAGCGGGUUCCGAGACAAGCACAUCCAGCUUGUGACGAGGUAUAUCAUCUUGCCCAGCCGGAUGGGAAAGCGAGAGGAGGAUUCCGGCCGCAAAAACCUGGCUACUUCCUCAACCCAGAAGGCUUCCGAUGCACCCCAAGAGCUUGUUGGCACUGGCGGCACAACGUUGAUACCAUUUCUCAGAACUUCGAGAGACGAGACCAGCGAAGCAGCUGUUGCGAGGGGAACAGCGUGA